AUGACGACAACGAGCCAGGAGCCGAAGCCCAACAAGCUGAUUUUUGCACCUGGAGAAGCACCUCCAGACUCUGCACAACCAACAAAACCAGGCCAAGCAGCACAAUUCAAGAUUGGCACUUUGACACGAGCAGAUCUCCAUGCAGAUCCAUUUGCCCAAUUCCACAAAUGGUUCUCAGAACCAGCUCUCCAAGGUACUAUUCCUGAGACAGUCACGUUGAGUACAGCAGAACUCCCCUCAGGCAAGGUAAGUAGUCGCAUGGUCUAUCUCAAGGAACUGGACGAUAGAGGAUUCGUCAUAUACAGCAACUGGGGCACAAGUCGCAAGUCGAAGGACGUUGCUUCAAAUCCUUACGCAUCGUUGUGCUUUUGGUGGAAGCCAUUGGAGCGUCAAGUUCGUGUAGAUGGUCCUUGCGAACGGAUUACGACCGAGGAAUCGCAGACGUACUUCGAUACACGUGCGAAAGGGUCACGCAUCGGAGCAUGGGCAAGUCAGCAAUCUAGUGUUCUGAAGCCAUUGGAACAGCAGCGUGACAGCGACGACGGACGAGAGAUGCUGCAACGACAAGUCUCUGAUGUGGAAAAGAAGUUCGAAGGUCAAGACAAUAUUCCAGUUCCUGAAUUUUGGGGUGGUUUGCGUGUAAAGCCAGAAAUGAUAGAAUUCUGGCAAGGCAGAGAGAGUAGACUACAUGAUAGAUUCAGGUACACUCGUGAGGGUGAUGGCUGGGUCAUAGAACGCCUGAGCCCAUAA